GUGAAACAAAUCAUGGAGGAGGCAGUAACGAGGAAAUUUGUGCAUGCAGACAGCAGCCACAUCAUAUCCUUCUGUGCUGUAGUGGAAGCCUGUUUGCUUCAUGGACUGAAGCGUCGUAUUGCCGGCCUGCUGUGCAGUAACAAGGUUGCAGCACUCUUCAUGAAGGUGGCGAAAUCCUUUUCACCCGCCGAAGAACUCUGCCACAAGGUCCAGGAGUUGGAACAGCUCAUCGAAAACAGCAAGCAGAACAAUUCUUCACUGGUUAGCGAUCGCAGUCGGCAAUCCAAGUUGGCCAACCUCCCUCCUCAGGCGCUGAAACACCUGUGGAUCCGAACUGCACUAAUGGAGAAGCUCUUGGACAAGAUUGUUCUGUAUUUAGUGGAGAACUGCAGCACAUUCUAUGAGAAAGAAGGCAUGCUGAUGGAUCCUGUGGAUGGACCAAUUCUUGCAUCUCUAUUGGUUGGCCCUUGUGCUUUGGAGUACACCAAAGUUAAGACUGCAGACCAUUUCUGGACAGACCCAUCUGCUGAUGAGCUCGUACAGCGGCAUCGUAUCCACAGUGGCCACUGUCGGCAGGAUUCUCCCUCCAGACGACCAGCCCUGAUCCAGAAGAGACAGUCCAGCGGUAGCAUGGAUGAUCGCCCUCUCAUGUGGGUGAGGGACUAUGUUGAAUCACUCCACCAAAACUCCAGAGCCACACUUCUGUUUGGAAAAAACAAUGUUCUGGUACAGCCGAGAGAUGACAUGGAGGCCAUCCCAGGCUACCUCUCUCUACAUCAAACUGCGGAUCUCAUGACACUGAAAUGGACGCCUAAUCAGCUAAUGAAUGGCAAUGUGGGGGAACUCGAUUCUGAGAAAAGUGUUUAUUGGGAUUAUGCUAUGACAAUUCGUUUGGAGGAGAUUGUGUAUCUCCACUGUCAUCAGCAAGUGAACAGUGGUGGGACAGUAGUUUUGGUGAGCCAGGAUGGGAUCCAGAGACCUCCUUUACAUUUCCCCAAAGGAGGCCACCUGCUGCAGUUUCUCACCUGCCUGGAGACUGGUCUGCUACCUCAUGGACAGCUGGACCCACCACUCUGGAAUCAGAGGGGAAAGGGAAAGGUUUUCCCCAAAUUGCGAAAGAGGAGUCCACACAGCUCAUGUGAUUCUGUAUCAGAUAAAGAAGAUGAUGAAGCAACCGAUUAUGUGUUUCGGAUCCUCUUUCCUGGCAAUCAAAUGGAGUUCAUGGCUCUAGAGCUGAUGGACCAGGGCAUGAACAUGUGGCAACCGACCCCCAGGAAAUCCUCAUGCUCUUCCUGCUCACAGAAUGGCUCAUCUGAUGGCUCGCUUCCUAAUGGCUGCAAUCAAGAAAGGGCUCCCUUAAAGCUCCUUUGUGACACCAUGAAGUACCAGAUAAUCUCCCGUGCAUUCUAUGGAUGGCUUGCAUACUGCCGUCAUCUGUCCACAGUUCGGAUCCACCUUUCUGCUCUGGUCAACACCACUAUUGUUGACCCUGAUGUGCCCUGUGAUUCUCGGGGGGGCCUCUCUGUGGAGGUCUGGGGCAGGUUCCUCAAGGACAGCUCUGCCUAUGAGGAACGUGAGAUACACAGGCUUGUGUAUUUUGGUGGUGUGGCGCCAUCACUACGCAAAGAGGUCUGGCCUUUCCUGUUGGGACACUACCAGUUCAACAUGACUGAGAAAUCCAGGCUGGAGAUUGAUGAACAGAUGCGCAUCAUGUAUGAGCAGACUAUGAAGGAGUGGCGGGGCUGUGAGGCCAUUGUCCGUCAGAGGGAGAGAGAGAAACAUGCCGAGGCCAUCGCCAGAUGUUCAUCCGGAGCCAGUGUGGAAAGAGGACCAGUACAGCGGGACUCCACCAUCAGUACAGAUUCGUCAAUAAGUAGCAGUUCAGAUCAUCACAAUACCAACUCUCAAAGUGAUUCCAGCAGUAGCACUCAGGUGUUUGCAUCGGUUGAGGCGAUGGAUCAGACUGAGACUGAGCCCAGGACUGAGGAAGAGGAUAUACAGCACAGUAGUCCAGUGAAGGACAAACAAAAAGGCACCACAGACUCUCCCUCCUCCAACCCAUCCUCCCUAGAUCUGUCAAAUCUACCUACAGGUUCAGACAGCAGCCCUCUUUUAACUGACUCAGCUGUUGGAUAUACAACAUCUCAGCAAUCAGCAGAAGCAUCAAAAGUAUUGAAUGAGGAAACUACAGCUGGAUCACAGGCAGGGGAGGAGGAAGCACUUGACUCAGUAGCAGAGGACAAAGCUUCAGAGACAGAGAGGAUGGAGACAAUCUCAGAAAGCGAUGCGGGUGAGGACUCUGGAAUCAGUAAGUCACAAGAGGUAUCUGAGGCGGAAGAAAAACCUGAAGUAGUACAAAAGGAUACAACAUCAAAUGCCCAAUCUGAAGUUUCAAAAGCAGUAGAUGCAAAUAUGAAUUUGAGAUCCGCUCCAGGGAACACUAAUGUUCUUAAACUAGAAACAGAGAUUCAUAAUGAGUAUUUCCAAGCACCUCCACUCGGGCAGACCUUGACUUUUCAAGCACAAAAGAGCAAAGAUCAGCAAAUGGACUCAUUUUGUCUGCUCACAGACACUAAUCCACCCAUUCAGAAAAAGCCAGAGACUUCUGAGAAAACACAAAAUGCUGAAGUAACAGUUUCUGACUUGGCUGAAACCAAAAAAGACAAAGCUGCAGAAAUUCCAUUUGAGAAGCCUGGUUCAAAUUCACCUGUCAGACAAGUACUGAAUGCUCUUCAGUCAGCGUCGAGAGGGAGCCUUACAUUAUCGUCCCACUCUAGACAGUCUCCAGAUAUGGUAGACUCCGAUGACUCUCCUUCUGCCUUAGAAAUGGAGGACAUUCCUGCAGGGAUAACAUGUUUGACAUCUGAGGAUAUUAAGGCUAGGCCUUUGGCCGGUCUUGCUGCACCCCCUGUCUUGCUGGCUCAGAGAGAGAAAAUGGGAUCUGAGGACCUUGUCCUAGAUCACCAUCUGGACACAGCUUGUAACACCAGUCCUGAGGGCACAGACCUGGGCCUUUCUGAAGAGGAGCCAGAGAUGGAGAAUGUGCUUACUGCACCAGAGUCUGCAGAAGCCGGAGGAGACUCCAAACAAGACAAAUCCUCAGAUGAACAAACAUAUUCUCAAGAAACAUUGGACAUGUACUUGAUCAACUUACAUCGUAUUGACAAAGACGUCCGGCGUUGUGACAGAACAUAUUGGUACUUCACUCCUGAGAACCUGGAGAAGCUACGUAACAUCAUGUGCAGUUACGUGUGGCAACAUCUGGAUGUCGGUUAUGUCCAGGGUAUGUGUGAUCUGCUGGCUCCCCUUCUGGUUAUCCUAGAUGAUGAGGUCAUGGCAUUUAGCUGCUUCACUGAACUGAUGAAGAGAAUGAACCAGAAUUUUCCUCACGGACGUGCCAUGGACUCUCACUUUGCCAAUAUGCGCUCUCUUAUCCAGAUCCUGGACUCUGAGCUAUUUGAACUAAUGCAGCAGAAUGGAGACUAUACCCACUUCUACUUCUGCUAUCGUUGGUUCCUACUGGACUUCAAAAGAGAAAUGGUGUAUGAUGACGUGUUCUCCGUUUGGGAAACUAUCUGGGCGGCCAAGUAUACAUCCUCUGAGCACUUCGUGCUCUUCAUCGCGCUGGCCCUUGUGGAGAUGUACAGGGACAUCAUCCUAGAAAAUAACAUGGACUUCACAGACAUCAUCAAGUUCUUCAAUGAAAUGGCAGAGCGGCACAACGUCCCUCACGUCCUGAUGAUGGCUCGAGACUUGGUCCAAAAAGUUCAGACACUCAUAGAAAACAAGUGA